UCUUCGUUCUUCCGGUUAUGUAUGUUAUUGAAAAGAAAAGACGAAUGCCUGGAGAAAACAAAACACUACGAAUACGGAUAGUGAAAGAUGAGUUCUCAGCCAUUUCCUACAGCUGGAAUGCCUGCUCAGAGUAAUCCUGGUGGAAAGCCGGUCUCCAUCAAUCAGUCAUCCAAACAGCCAGCAGGACCAGGUGAGGACAGUAGUGGUGAUGUGAACCACCAUGGUCCCAAGGACCAUCCAGCCAGCAGCAGGGGAGGAGAAGAAGCCCUGUCGUUCAGAGAAGACAAGCAGGCGCCCGGAGUGGUCAGACCCUACCCCCAGGUCCCGGUUCAGACCCACAGCCUGCAGUCCCCAGUCCCAGCUCUGUCCCAGCAGGUGCCCAACAAGGCAGGUACACCUGGUCAACCUGUCACUGUCUUCAACCCUCCUGUCCAACUACUGCAGGCCCAGCCUGCUGCCCUCGUCGACGGGCAGAUGAAGGCUGCCCUGAAAUCGCUGCUACCCAGUCGUCUCAUCGCCCCAGCUCCAGCCUCCAGCCAGGGCCAGGGGGGUCACAUCCCUCUCCCUCUGACUCCCAAGGUGCAGCCUGCCUUGCUUGGCCACAUCACUGUCACCCUGGAGAGCCACAUCGCUCCCACCUCCUCCAUCCCCGUGGCAACCAUCAGUGGACAACAGGGCCACUCCAGUAAUCGGCAUCACCUCGUGCCAGCUAAUAUCCAGAUAAUUAGAUCUCCUUCUGUUCCUCAACACACAUUCACCUCUCACCUACCAAGAGGGGCGGUGGCUGCAGCAGUGAUGUCCAGCUGUAAAGGGCCUGCUGUUCUCAGACCAGCAUCAGGGGCCAGUGCAGGCCCCGUUCAGCACACGGUACAUCACGUCAAUCACCAGUCUAACCAGUCUCGUUCCCCUGUCACCAGCUCUACAGCAGUGGUCCCCAUCUCAGCCACCCGGAACCAGUCCCCUGUCAUCAACCCAACGUUCACCCAGUCUGCAGAGGUGCUGCAUGGGCAUCCAGGGCUGACCAUCCACCCUCCUCCUGCCACCAUCAGUAUCCAACGUCCCCAGGGGGCCAGGGACACAGCCACACGCAUCACCCUGCCCUCCCACCCUGCUAUAGGGGGGCAGAAACCCCAGCCCCCUACCCACACCAUGACACAGAAAUCCAUCUUCUGUUCCGGGACUCCGGUUGCUGCAGCAACGGUGGCACCUAUUCUAACCACCACCACCACUACUGGCCCAGGCACCACCACUACAGGCACUGCGCCACACACCCAGAUGACCAGCAGUACUAUCGUCACCAUGACGAUGCCCACACACUCCUCCCACGCCACAGCACUGACCACCUCUACCAUCCCAGUUGCUAAAGUGGUACCUCAGCCCAUAGCCCACAACUCCCCCCCCCACACCUCCCCCCGUGUCCAAUCAGAUUAUCCUGUAGAGAGGACCAACUUGAUCUCCAUCUCUGGCAACCGCUCCUCUCCCAACCCUGUCACCAUCGAGGCCAGGAGUGACAGGCCGCCUGUACCAGUGCACUUCCAGUACUUCCUGCCUACCUUUUCCUCUUCUCCUUACCCCCGGACACACACCUACACCCCCAUCACCAGCUCUGUGUCCACCAUCAGACAGUACCCAGUGACGCCCCAGACCCCGAGCUCUGCUCUGCCCAGCCAGCCUGCUGUGGCCGUGGCCACUACCGUUCACCUCAACCCCAUGCAGCUGAUGGCCGUGGACAGGAUUGGUCGACAGUCUGCACAAAUCAGCACCCAGGGAAUCCAGUCUCAACCAAUUGGAGCCCAGGGCAUCCAGCCUGCACCAAUGGGAGUGCAGGGGUUACAUAGCUCCGGUCCAAUCGGGACACAGGGGAUUCAGCAGGCACCAAUCGCAGGGCAGCAGCCUGAGGCCAAACCAUCUGGGAUGGUAUUGGCUGACGGCAGUACGUUUGUAGCUGCUCCUAUGGGCAGCCCGUUUGGCGCCGCACAGCCCAUUGCUACCAUGGUACAGACACACCCCCAGGGCGGAGUAGGAGGCGGAGGGCCCACUUUGGUCUCUUCCCCUCGACCCAGCAUCCUCCGCAAGAAGCCAGCCAAUGAGGGGUGUGGUGUUGGUAAGAAUCUGAUCCCGGCAGGGCCUGGUGAGGCUACCAGCAGCAGAGUAGAGGGAGGAGUGAGAGGAGCAGGACCACCUAGACCUGCAGGAGUGAAGCCUAAAGCAGAGGGUCACAUGACCAUGGUGGCUCCUCCAGUCCCAGUCAUGGCUGCAGUGGAGUCUCUACCCUCCCAGGGAGGAGUGGAGCAGCAGGUGGUCUCCUCCCCAGCCCAGGCUAUCCCCUCCAACCUGCUGGCCCUCCGUGGUCCUCCACCCCCCUCCCCAGCCCAGGCUAUCCCCUACAACCUGCUGGCCCCCCGUGGUCCUCCACCCCCUCCCCAGCCCAGCUCCAAUACCCACCUCUCUGCCCUGUCGGCCGCCAUGGCCGUGACACCCCCUGGCCCCGCCUCCAUGGCCAAUACUGUCGCCUCCCCCACCCAGCCCGCAGCCAGUAGCACGGCAGCAUGCAGCGGAGGUUCCGCCCACACAGGGGUCAAAAUCAAGCAGGAGGCGGAGUCUAUGGAGAUGUAUCACCCAGUGCCCCAGCCCUCGGCGAACUCAGGCCUCAUCACCCAGCCCCGCCAGGCCGGGUCCCCCCACGGGACCCCCUCCUCAGGGGACCUGGUUCCUGGUGCCUCCCCCAGGAAGAAGCCCCGCAAACAGCAGCACGUCAUUUCCACAGAAGAGACUGAAAUGUUGGAGACCAACAGUACAGAUGAGGACAGGGUUAUGGGCCACAGGCCCCUGGGCAGCAGGGCUAAGAGGAGAGAGUCCCCUCCCAGAGAGUAUGUGGAUGAGGAAGGGGUGCGUUACGUCCCUGUCAGGCCGCGCCCACCUGUCACUCUGCUGCGUCACUAUAGGAACCCCUGGAAGGCAGCCUAUCACCACUUCCAGAGGUACAGCGACAUCCGGAUCAAAGAGGAGAAGGAGUCGUUACAGGAAGUGGCCAAUCAGAGAGGAGUAGCACGGCGAGCUCAGGGAUGGAAGAUGCACUUGUGUGUUGCUCAGCUCAUGCAGCUGUCGAACCUGGAGCAUGAUGUGUAUAGCAGACUGACUUCCCUUCAGGAGGGGCUAAUCCCUAAGAAGAGGGCCGGGGUCGACGACGAGCUGCACCGCAUUAACGAACUCAUACAGGGUAACAUACAGCGUUGUAAGCUAGUGAUGGACCAGGUUACAGAGGCCCGGGACACUAUGAUGAAGGUUCUGGACCACAAAGACAAGGUCCUGAAGCUGCUCAACCAGAACGGAGCUGUCAAAAAGUCUAACAAACUGAAACGUAAGGAUCGGGCCUAGCCUGGACUUCCUGUUCCGUCACCCAG